CCAACAUGAACAUGCAGCCCAACCAAGGUCCCAUGAUGCACCAGCAGCCUCCCUCACAGCAGUACAAUAUGCCCCCUGGUGGCGCCGGCCAGCACUACCAAGGCCAACAGAACCCCAUGGGUAUGAUGGGCCAGGUCACCCAGGGGAACCAUGUCAUGGGCCAGAGGCCCAUGCCACCUUACAGACCCCCGCAGCAAGGACCCCCACAGCAGUACCCAGGGCAGGAAGACUACUAUGGCGACCAGUACAGUCACGCAGGACAGGGCGCCUCAGAAGGUAACGCGCAGUACGUCCAGAACCAGGAGGCGUACCAGCAAGGCCCGCCCCAGCAGCAAGGCUACCCACCCCAGCAGCAGUAUCCCGGCCAGCAGGGCUACCCUCCGCAGCAACAGGGAUACGGUCCUUCCCAGAGCGCCCCGGGCCAGUACCCCAACUACCCACAGGGGCAGGGGCAGCAGUACGGGGCCUACCGCCCACCUCAGCCCGGCCCCCCCCAGGGCCAGCAGCAGCGCCCCUAUGCCUACGAACAGGGACACAUGAGGAAAUAAAGACCCAGGGAUUUGAACCCCUGACUAGCUCUGUAAGAAGCAAAGGGCCAGUAUGGAAAUUACCAGCAAUGAAAAGAUGGUCACAGCAAACCCACACAGCCCCGCUCUGACCUCUUCUCUGAGCUUUGACCUCUGGGGUCAUCUGUUGAGUAGAAUUUAAAUUAUGGCUGCAGCUCGAUGAGACACACACACACACACACACACACACACACACACACACACACACACACACACACACACACACACACACACACACACACACACACACACACACACACACACACACACACACACACACACACACACACACACACACAAACAUACAAAAGCACUCACGCGCACACACUAACACCCACACACACACACACACACACACACACACACACACAGAGAGAGGUUCCCUCUUCUGGAACGAUCCAUCGGGGCGCUCAUCCACACCUGUAAGAUGUAUUGUUGUGUUGUCAACGCUGACGUGAUGCGGCCCGUUUCUCAGAGCUCUUUCUCCGGUCGCGGCGGUCUCCGAGCAGCGUAGCCUUAACAACACCAAACAAACAGAGCUGCCUUAUCGUACAAACAUUGCAGUUUUUGUGAAACUGGCAUACAAAACGUGAAAUUUGGGGUAUCACCAAUUGUUUUAAAUGUACCAACUCGCUAGGUAGGUGGAUGCAUUCCCCCCCGCCCCCUCCCUCUCGCUCCCUGUCAAUGAGAAGCAAUAAUGCCAACAGUAGAGAUACGCUUUUUUGAUGAGGUUAACUUUGUCUAUGACUUUGGAGACUAGUCCUAAAUACUGUGUUGUUUAUUUCCUUAACUGUACGUGUCAAUGUAUCUUUUUGGUUAUGAUCUUUUAUGAUGAUCCCAUCCGGCACAUUUUGUAUUAUUUUGUUUUGUUUUAUGUAUUUCUUUGAUGAAUUGUAUCUGUCUAAAUUACAAUUUCAAGACCGAUGUGGUCGUCCUACGGUGGCUUUGGUGGUACAAACACAUGCUCCUGCACAAUAUGGCGCUAAAAUACAAACCUAAUCGGUGUACUUUUUGGACCUGGACUGAAUCGUUAAAAAUGUAGCAUGCCGGCCACGGCUUUGGUGAAACUGAACUAGAACUAUUCAUUUAUAUAAACCAUUUUCAGGGUUUUCCACUUUAUUUAGCUCACACAGAUCUACCAAAUUUGCCAUUAGAGGAAUAGACGUUUGCGUGGUUGGAAAAGUGUGCCGAAGCAGAAGACGCAUAGCGGACAUCUUUUGAAAUGUAAGGCAAUCCCUCUCUGCUUGCCAAAGCCUUCUCCUAUUAUUUGAAUUAGUUGUUUAACUAAGGUCCACGGCCAUUUUGUCCACUGACUGCAAACCAAUGAUUGCGGGGGUGAAAAACCACCCCAAUCUUAACUACGGUUUUGUGCCGGAGGAUUAUCUCCUUGAAUAGACUUCUGAGGCGAUGCCAUCGAUAAAGUGUUGUGUACGAAUCAACCGAAAAAAACUUGUUACUAUCAUAUAUGUAACAUAAGAUGUGAAAAUAAUGUUUCGGAGAGAUAAAAGGAUUUCAUAAUUUUACAGUUUAAAAAAAGAAAAACAACGGGUGGUGCAGUUGUGGCUACAGCCGCUUGAUAUGUGUCCUAUGGUCAGUGUUGCCAGGUUGGGUGGGAAAUCUGACCCAACCUGGCAACACUGCUUAGUUGAUCUGGUGUACAGUGGCAUAGAGGAGGAACAGACACGGUCGUCCUCAUCUUGUUUAUAUGGCUGUUUAAUAUUUUUCAUUCUGCACCCAUUCGAAACAGUGUCGGUUGUCAUUGAAAUGUAAAACUGUACAUUAUAAUAAACUACAAAAAAACAAAUCUCUA